AUGAUGGACAUCCUUACCCAGCUCCAGGAGUCAAUGGACUUGCUCUGCACCAUGUUCAUCGCCGGUCUCUACUAUAACGACACCCACCACGAUCUCAAAACAUUCAACGCCAACGACAAGGUCCCUGAUCUAAAAGCGGACGCCCCUAAAGAAGUCCAACCCCUCGACCCGCAGACCUUCAAAGACGGCCAAGCCGAGAUUGCCCGUGACAUCAUCGUACAAGCACAGCGCAUCGAGUACCUAGUGUCGGAGCUGCCGGGUCUGCAAAACAGCGAGCGCGACCAACUGCGGAUUAUCGGCGCGCUGGAGGAAGAGAUUGCGGGACUCGAGGCGCAGCGCCAGGAGGCGACACGCGAGCGGGACGAGGUGUUUGGGCAGUUGGAUGCGUUGUUGAAGAGUGUGCAGCGGCCAUGA